GCGCUCAUUUCUUCUUCAGCGCCUGUAUUCUCAGUUUCUCUUAACCUUCGCUUCUCAUUCUCUUUCUCUGCGCACAGUUUCCUCUCUCUCUCUCUCUCUCUCUCUCUCUCUCUAGCUUGUGUAGAUCGGAAAUGGCGGAGACUGAGACAUUUGCUUUUCAGGCUGAGAUCAACCAGCUUCUCAGCCUCAUCAUCAACACCUUCUACUCCAACAAGGAGAUCUUCCUUCGUGAACUCAUCAGUAACGCCUCCGAUGCUUUGGACAAGAUCCGAUUUGAGAGUCUGACCGACAAGAGCAAGCUCGAUGCGCAGCCAGAGUUGUUUAUCCAUAUUAUUCCUGAUAAAGUAAACAACAGUUUGACCAUUGUUGACAGUGGUAUUGGCAUGACCAAGGCUGAUUUGGUGAACAACCUGGGUACUAUUGCAAGGUCUGGUACCAAGGAAUUUAUGGAAGCACUGGCUGCUGGUGCUGAUGUGAGUAUGAUUGGACAGUUUGGUGUUGGGUUCUACUCGGCCUAUCUUGUGGCUGAGAAGGUUAUUGUUACCUCCAAGCACAAUGAUGAUGAGCAGUAUGUCUGGGAAUCCCAAGCUGGUGGGUCUUUCACUGUUACAAGGGACUCGUCUGGUGAGAUUCUUGGUAGGGGGACAAAGAUAACUCUCUACCUGAAGGAAGAUCAGCUUGAGUACCUUGAGGAGCGUCGAUUGAAGGACUUGAUUAAGAAGCAUUCUGAGUUCAUUAGCUACCCUAUUUCUCUUUGGAUUGAGAAGACUACCGAGAAGGAGAUUUCUGAUGACGAGGAUGAGGAAGAGAAGAAGGACGAGGAGGGUAAGGUGGAGGAUGUAGAUGAAGAGAAGGAGAAGGAAGAAAAAAAGAAAAAGAAGAUUAAGGAGGUAUCACAUGAAUGGUCCUUGGUGAACAAGCAGAAGCCUAUUUGGAUGAGGAAGCCUGAAGAGAUCACCAAAGAAGAAUAUUCUGCAUUCUACAAGAGUCUCACCAACGAUUGGGAAGAGCAUUUGUCUGUCAAGCACUUCUCUGUUGAGGGUCAACUGGAGUUUAAGGCUGUUCUCUUUGUACCCAAGAGGGCACCUUUUGACCUGUUUGACACAAGGAAGAAACCUAACAACAUCAAGCUCUAUGUUCGUCGUGUCUUUAUCAUGGAUAACUGUGAGGAGUUGAUUCCUGAAUAUCUGGGCUUUGUCAAGGGUAUUGUUGAUUCUGAGGAUCUUCCUCUCAACAUUUCUAGAGAAAUGCUGCAGCAGAACAAAAUCCUGAAGGUCAUUCGUAAGAACUUGGUCAAGAAAUGCCUCGAGCUUUUCUUUGAAAUUGCUGAGAACAAGGAGGAUUACAACAAGUUCUAUGAGUCCUUCUCUAAGAACUUGAAACUUGGAAUUCACGAGGAUUCUCAGAACAAGACAAAGAUUGCUGAAUUGCUCAGGUAUCACUCCACCAAGAGUGGUGAUGAGAUGACCAGCCUCAAGGACUACGUGACCAGGAUGAAGGAAGGUCAGAGUGAUAUAUACUACAUUACUGGUGAAAGCAAGAAAGCGGUGGAGAAUUCUCCUUUCUUGGAGAAGCUGAAGAAGAAGGGGUACGAGGUUCUUUUCAUGGUUGAUGCCAUUGAUGAGUAUGCUAUUGGUCAGCUUAAGGAAUUUGAGGGUAAGAAGUUGGUUUCUGCUACUAAGGAAGGUCUCAAGCUUGAUGAGAGUGAAAAUGAGAAGAAAAAACAAGAUGAACUCAAGGAGAAAUUUGAUGGUUUGUGCAAGGUGAUGAAGGAUGUUUUGGGUGACAAGGUUGAGAAAGUUGUGGUAUCCGACCGUGUUGUUGAUUCUCCAUGCUGUCUUGUUACCGGUGAAUAUGGGUGGACCGCUAACAUGGAAAGGAUUAUGAAAGCUCAGGCACUGAGAGACAACAGUAUGGCUGGGUACAUGUCAAGCAAGAAGACAAUGGAGAUCAACCCUGAGAAUCCUAUCAUGGACGAGCUGAGGAAGCGAGCUGAUGCUGACCGGAACGACAAAUCUGUCAAGGAUCUUGUUCUCUUGCUUUUCGAGACUGCUCUCCUCACUUCUGGUUUCAGCCUUGACGAUCCCAACACAUUUGGUAACAGGAUCCACAGGAUGUUGAAGCUUGGACUGAGCAUUGACGAGGAUGCUGGUGAUGCAGAUGCUGACAUGCCCCCAUUGGAAGAAGCAGAUGCAGAGGCUGAGGGUUCCAAAAUGGAGGAAGUCGACUAAAUUUGACAGAUAGAACAGCGUUUGAUUAGCAAUUACUUAAGAAUGCGGAGUCUUUACAUUUUGGCUAUGUUUUUAUUUUUCUAUUUUGGAUUGUUGACAUUAUUAAAUGCAAAUUAGGGAUAAUUUUCUCCAUUUUAGUCUUUUAUUUUUAUGACCCGAAAAAUUCUGGUGUUAGUUUUUUGGCUAUUGAAUCUGUUUUCUGGUUGCGCUCGGGGGA